AUGUUGAAACGACAGUGCAAUUUGUCUGUACUAAAUAACAGUAUAAAGAGACAUGGUUUUCGAUCUCUAAACAGUAGCAGAGAAUUGUUAAAAAGUAAUACGCCCAAAUUCGAUGAUGCUGAUUUGCUUUCUUCCCAAAUAACGUCACAACCUUAUAAGGCCAGAAAACCAGUUGAUGAAUUCCAUUGGCCCACGAAAACUGAUGAGCAAAUGAAAAAGGAAUAUCAGGCUCGGGUGGAGAAAAUGAUGAGACUUUCGGCGGUAUUUCAGGGCUUCUUAUUCCUUGCAGUCUUUGGAAUUGCUGGAACAGCAUAUCAAAAAUGGCCACAAAUCAAGAGUUGGUGGAUCACAAAAGAUAUGUCUGUCGAUGAUGAUACGAUUGAGAAAUUAAUCCAUAUAAAAAAGAGGAAGAGUAUGGCAGAGAUCCCCAUGGUAGCUGCCAACGAACUAAGCCCAGAGGUCCCAGGAUUGUAUUUUUGUGGAGGUUCCGAAUCCACUACGAAAAAAGGUAAGCCUGGUAUCAUAUUUCCAACUCGAAACUCAAUUUUUGACAAUAAAUACCUGAGGGAUGUUUGUUUGGCUACCGUAGAUGGUAUCGAGAGAAAUCUUGCUAUAGAUGACAAAGGGGAUCUCUUGGAAUGGAACCAGAAAGACUAUCAAGUGCUACUUCCUGCUCAAAAUUUAAUAUCAGUAAAAGAAUCCAAUGGAUGCGCUUAUGCAUUGAAUGCAACAGGUGAAGUUCUCGUGAUUCCGUUAGAUAAUCACAGCAACUCUAUAUCAAACCAUGUAAUUAUGCAAAGAUCAUGGAUCGUACCGUGGAAGAAACUUCCUAAAUAUGCCUUGAAAUUGGACGUCAGUCAUUGUUUUACUGACAGGGGCGAGAAAAAAGUGAUUCAGUUCGAUACUGGGAAAGAGCAUCUCGUUCUGAUUUCCAACGCCGGCAAGGCGUACACCUGCAGUACAGGGAUGAAAGCAUGCCCCGGUUCCAAAUCUUACGGUCAAUUUGGUAUCCCAGGAAUGUCCCAGUUUGAUGAAUUUCCAAUCUGUAACAAAUUGCAUGAAAUUGAAUUAUUGAACUGCAGUUUGAAUGAUUCCAACGAAAUCGACAAAAGAAAAAUUAUCCAAGUAGCAUGUGGUGACUAUCAUACGGUUGCAAGAGAUUUGGCAGGCACGCUAUUUGUGUUUGGUUCAAACAAAUUUGGGCAAUUAGGGUAUCCAAUAUCGUAUGACUCAGAGCAAAUUGCUUUCCCAAAGACACUCUCAAGAUUUCAAUCUUAUUUCAAGAGAGGCAGUAUAGUCAAAUGCGUAGAUGUGCACUGUAGCGGUCAAACUACCUAUGUUACAAUGGAUUCGCAGCCUUCAGAUAGACAGCCUUUAAAUAAUGAAUCAUCCCUCAGUCAUCUUUCCUACUUCUCAUUUGGGAAUGGUCAGUUUGGGGAAUUGGGAAAUGGAAGAUUUAUGAACUCGCAAUCGGAACCCACCCCAAUUAUGGUUUUGAACAAUGAGCACCAAUCAACUGAGGUUCAACAUUGGAGCUGUGGCCUAAAUCAUGUCAUUUGUAAAAUGCAAUCCGGUCAAGUACUAGCAUGGGGUGGCAAUGAUAAUGGUCAAUUGGGUAAUGGAAAACGCAUAAAACAAUGCAAACCUCAACAUAUUCCUCAAUUCUUAUUGCCGGGUGUGAAGAAUAGUUCAGAAGGAAUCAACAAGUCUGAAAUGCUACUGGCACCACAGCAAGUUAUUGCAGCUGGCGAAAGAUCCAGUUGCAUCUAUUGGAAAAAGAGAUGA